CCUCUUCUCCGCCGCUCCAAAAGUUUUGCCUCCAUCUCGCUCCAACCUCAUUUUCAAUCGUUUGUCCCUCAUCGUCACGACAUACAAUCACUCUCACACCUAAUCAACCCUUCAUCAAUCCAUCGCCCUUUGAACAAUUUAAACAACCUUUCCAUCACAACAUCAUCACUCAUCAAAAUCUUUGUCUCGCACAACAAUCCCAAUGUCUCGCAGAGCCCUUAUGAGCGUUCCUCGCUCUAUCAACGCCACCUUCCAAUCAUCCCUCCGACCUUCCCUAGCCUCCAGGUCUGUCGCUCCCUUUGUGAGACCAGCUCUCGCCCAGCCGUCUCAGCGACGAUCAUACCACGAGAAAGUCCUCGACCACUACUCCAAUCCUCGAAAUGUCGGGUCUAUGGAUAAAAAGUCGUUGGACGUGGGAACUGGUCUUGUUGGAGCUCCUGCCUGUGGCGAUGUGAUGAAGCUGCAGAUCAAAGUCGACCCCGACACACAAACGAUAGCCGAUGUCAAGUUCAAGACAUUCGGCUGUGGUUCCGCCAUUGCCUCGUCCUCAUACCUUACCGAACUCGUCAGAGGUAUGACCUUGGAGCAGGCGGCAAAGGUUAAAAACACAGAAAUUGCCAAAGAGUUAUGUCUGCCUCCAGUCAAGCUACAUUGCUCCAUGUUGGCCGAGGAUGCCAUCAAAUCUGCCAUUACAAAUUAUUAUAGCAAGAACCCCAAGGCAAAGGCAACAGAUCUAGGCUCAGCUUCGGCGUCGAUGCCCAAGAUCGAAAUUGAACAAGUGACCGCGACUACGGACACUGCUGCUGGCGCCACAGCAUAAUGCCUCCCUUCAUGGAGUUUUGUUUUACCCAGAUUGGCUUAUUCUUUUUGGAGGCCAGCACACAAUUUGUAUGAACAGAGGAUGGUUUAAGUCGACACCGAAUCACCAGAGCCGCCAUUGUUCGAGAUUCCACCAUGUUGGAACCUGCGUCAUACCAUGAUUUUGAUGAUGAACAAUCAUGUCUUUCGCUUUUCCAUAUGGUCGUUCAAUUUUUGACUUGGUGCAAGGCAUGGCACGGCACAGGGGUGUUAUAUUUAUGGGACCUCUCAACUUGUGGCAUUCAUUGAAGGGCUUCCUGCCUCCCUCGUAGCCCAGCUAUAGGUUGGGCUACAGGUUGAGGCGACCUCUAGCUUCAUUUCGGCGCAGACGCGAGUAUAUGGUGUAUAUCAAUACGAUGAUGGCAGGCAUUAUGCCAUGUCUGUGACCUGAUGAACAGUCUCGCUCUCUUCGCUCUCUUCGCCCUCUUGGGUAGCCCUAAGCGGCCUUGUGUUGCACUUUCAACUGCCACUCUAGAUAAUACUGGGCUGUACUCGUUUGCUUCAAAGUGUAUAAACAACCAGUUAAAGGCCAG